AUGAUGACCCCCGCGAGAGCCUCCCACAAAAAUGUGUACAUUCAGAAGAAGUACCGAGAGCUGCUAAAGUACAAGGAGUCCGAUGAGUGCCUAAACGACUUGUUACAGAGGAACUCGGUGAAGCUAAUCGCCAUCGACAUUGAUGGGACGCUUGCCGAUGACGACAGCAAGAUAAGUGACGAAAAUUUGAAUGCGAUUGAGGUGGCGAAGCGACUGGGUAUUAAAGUCAUCCUAGCAACUGGCAAAUUGCACAACUUUGCCAUGAGGAUGUUUACACAGAAGCAGAAGGAUACCUACGAAAUAGAGAAAAUGGAUGGAGUGUACUCUCAUGGAGCGUACCUAAACAUCAGAGGAGUAGAUUACGUAUAUAGGAAAUUUAACAUGAUUGAUAUAGAGUUCAUUCUCUUCGCUUUGUCCUCCCACAACGCUUUGAAGAAUGCCAUUUUUGUAACUCCCAAUGUGGUGUACGUGUUUAAUGAUGACCCAGAGUUUAAGAAGCAGUAUGCUGUUUCUGAAUUGGGUGCAGAUUCACCAGUGAAUGCGAGUAGUGUGAAGUCUCUAGACAAACGUCACAAUGCCGUUUUGCUAACCAACGUAAAGGAUAUCCUUAUGAUUGGAGAUAUCGUCUCCAUCGAAAUUUAUGAAAAGAUCCACCCGGAGCAGGAGCCAUUUAAGGAGCUGCACACGGAGGUGUUCCCCGAGCUGGAAAAUCGAUUUAAAAUUUACGUCCCUCCCAAUAAGGAGAAGCUUGUACUCUCCCCCAUCAACACGUCUAAGAUACAGACCAUUCAGCUGUACGCGCAAUUCUACGACAUUCCUUUGAACCACAUUUUGUCUAUCGGCAACGAUAACAACGAUUUGGAGAUGCUGGCGUCCACCGGGUACUCCGUGGUGGUGAAGGGCUCCACCAAGCCCGCGCUGAAGGUCGCCCGCUGCAUCAGCACCAAGACGAACAACGAGAACGCGGUGGCCAACAUCAUCUUCAAGGUCAUCACGGGCAGGCACUUCUAG